UCUUAGAUCAGAAUGGGAAAGAAAGUGGCCAUUAUAGGAGCUGGAACUAGUGGCCUUCUUGCCUGCAAGUACACACUUUCAAAGGGCUUUCAGCCCAUUGUGUUUGAAUCUGCAAGCACCAUUGGAGGAGUUUGGACCAAAACUAUUGAGACCACCAAGCUCCAAACUCCUAGAGAAGCUUACCGAUUCUCAGAUUUCCCAUGGCCAUCUUCUGUGACAGAGGACUUUCCUAACCAACAUCAGGUUUUGGAUUACAUCCAAUCAUAUGCUCACCAUUUUGACUUGCUCAAGCAUAUCAAAUUCAACACCAAAGUUUGUGGGAUUGAGUAUGAAGGCUCCUCUGAGGAUGAGAUGCAAGCUUGGAGCUUGUGGGGUGGCUCUGGAGAGCCUUUCAGCUCCAAAGGGAAAUGGAAAUUUGUAGUAGAAGACAAACAAAGCCUUUCAACCGAGAUCUACGUGGUGGACUUUGUGAUCCUCUGCAUCGGACGAUUCAGUGAUGUCCCAAACAUUCCUGAAUUCCCUUCCAACAAAGGACCAGAAGUAUUUGAUGGAGAGGUUAUACACUCUGUGGAUUAUGCUGCCAUGGAUUACGAAAGCGCUCACAGAUUCGUGAGAGGAAAGCAAGUAACAGUUGUUGGGUUUCAGAAAUCUGCAUUGGACAUUGCAAUGGAGUGUUCAAACACAAAUGGGCUUGAACAUCCAUGCACAGUCUUAUACAAGACAGAACAUUGGAAUGUCCCUGAUUAUCUUCCAUGGGGUGUGCCCCUGGCAUACCUAUACCUUAAUCGAUUCUCGGAGCUUUUGGUUCAUAAGCCUGGAGAAGGCAUCCUACUCAGUCUCCUGGCAACAAUUCUUUCACCUCUGAGAUGGGUAUUUUCAAAAUUUGUGGAAAGUUAUAUAACUAAGAAGCUUGGUUUAGCCAAGUAUGGAAUGGUACCUAAGCAUAGUUUCCUCCAAGAAAUCAGUUCUUGUCUGAUCUCAACAGUUCCUGAGAAGUUCUAUGACCGAGUCCAAGAAGGAAGCAUCAUACUGAAAAAGUCUCCCAGCAGCUUCAGCUUUUGCCAAGGCGGCAUUUUGGUUGAAGGAGAAAGCUCCCCUGUGAAGACAGAUUUGGUCAUAUUGGCUACGGGUUAUAGGGGUGAUAAAAAGCUCAAAGACAUCUUUGUGUCUCCCACCUUUAAGGACUACAUAGUCGGAUCACCUGAUGGAACAUUACCCCUCUACAGGGAAUGUAUACAUGGACGAAUUCCACAACUAGCUGUAAUUGGAUUCUCCGAGAGUGUUUCCAACUUGUACACAUCUGAGAUGAGAUGCAGAUGGCUAGCAGAGCUUCUUGGAGGCACAUUUAAGCUACCAAGCAUAAAGGAGAUGGAGAAAGAUGUCAAAAAAUGGGAUGAAUACGCCAAGCGAUAUUCGGGCAAAUACUACCGGAGAUCAUGCAUCGGUGCCCUACAUAUAUGGUACAAUGAUCAAUUGUGCAAGGACAUGGGAUGGAACCCGAAAAGAAAGAAGGGGCUCUUUGCUGAAUUGUUUGAGCCUUAUGGCCCAACAGAUUAUGUUUCCUCUUAAAAUGGGUAGCAGUGACAUAAAAGAUGAUUGAUUCAGUUUUCCAUUUCUUGUCCGAAGUUCCAAGGGGUAAGAGUAAUUCUUUUUGUGUGUUUGUUUUCGUUGUAUUUUACUGC